AUGGACAUUCAUAAUUUGAUUGAAUUGGGUAUUCCAGAGAAAGUAAUUGCAAAAAAAUUCAUCGACGAGUAUCUUAAUCCUACUGAAAAUAUACAUGAAGCAUUAUCUGUAUUUAUAAGCUUUUUGAUCAAUAUAAGUACAGGAAAUAAGACCAAAUUAACAAGAUAUGAUAUCAAUUUAAUUGAGAAUUUAAAUUUUAAAAAUAUUUUCAAUGGUCUCAAACCUCAUGAAUUGGAAAAUUUACUGAAUUCCAAGGAAUAUGAUAACAUUGUACUUGAAAUGUUAACAUAUAUGGGCACAAAGAAUUAUACAAAAACUUUUCAAAAAUUUUUUAAUAAAAUCAUGACAUUUUUAAAAGCGAUGCAGCAGUCUGACAUCAAAGGAUUAAUUGAUUUGUCUACUUUUUUUAGAAUUUUUGAAAAUUUUUGCAUCGUAAGUAAAGUGGAAGAAAAAUGGCUGGAUAUUUGUGGGGAAUACAUGUCAUUGGCUUAUACAGGAUUUCUAUCACCUUAUUUUGGAUUCUAUGCUUUAGAUCGGAAUUUUGAUAAUUUAUUGAAAGAGAUUAUUGAUUUAAGCCCACACAACAUAUUUUUUGAAGACACAUUUAAGAGAGAAUCUUAUAUCAAAAAAGUUUUCGACAUCAUCGAUAAAUUCUAUGUUUCUGAUAUUGCAAAAUCAACAAUUGUCACCUUCGUAAAUGAUAUAAAUUCUAAACUAAUUCACAUUUUUAAAAAAGAGGCAAGCGAAAUAACUAAUAAAAUUAUUAGAGAGUUUUUGGCAAGUAAUGUGGAAAUUGGAGAAGCAAUUUUUCACUCUUUUGGUGUUGAAAAUUUAAAGAUCGAAGACUUGCUCGCACUACAGUUUGGUGAAUUUAAAGCUGAAGGAAUUCUAACUGCAGUAUUUUUAAAUGGCAAAAAUUACGAUAUUGGGGCAUACACCAUUAAACUGUAUUGUGAUUGCGUUUGUUUAUUAAAACAAAGUUAUGAAGUGGGCGAUCUCAAAAUAGAAAAUAUGGAAAGCAAAUUGUAUUCACUUGUAGUAACUUUAAUCGAAUAUUUAAUAACAAAAGCUUAUGAUGUGAAAAAUGUCGAUUUUAUAUUUAAGUCAGUUUACGUGUUUUCAAAGUUCUUGCCAAUAUUAUAUGAAUAUAAGGAUAAAAUGGACAUUCAACAAUUGACGUAUUACUACAACCAUACUGCAGAGACAGUUUUUCUUUUCGCUUUCAAUAAUGAGGCAGUUUGGGAAGAUUUAGAUAAAGAACUAAAAACAAAACUAUUGCUAAAAUUUUUUAUAUAUAUGCAUAAUUCUACAUCUCGAUUAACCAAAAUAUCAAAUUCAAAAUCGAUUUGCAAGAUUUUAAUGCUAACUGGUGCAGAACAUUCUUACAACAAUGAAUUAUAUAAUUUAGUAGAAGUGUUAUUAGAAAACCUUAAAGAUGAAUUUAUAAAUAUUUAUGUAAAUAUAUUAUUUAACAUUGAUUUAAGUCCCACUGAACCGCUGUAUGUUCUGGCUAUUGAUAAUAUUCGUAAGAUAUAUAAAGAGAAAUUUCCUGUAAAAGAUUCAAUAGCUAAAAGCGAAACCACAUUUUUGAGUAUCGAUGCAGCCGUAUUUUUUACGUUAUUAGAAAAAAUACAAUUUAAUUUGGAACGUAGAUCAAACAAUAAAGAUGUUAACUCUUCUAAUACUCUCGGAAAUGUUUUGAAAUGCUUGGAUUUUUUUGAUGAACAACGUUUAGAAUUUUCAAAUGAUCAAAGAAAUUUUCAACCUUAA